GUAGUGAGACAGCGACAGAAAAGCGGGAUAUUGUAUUAAGGGAAAGUUGACCUGGUCUGUAGGACUGUGUUACACACCUGAGAGCGCGGCGAUAUAGAUAAAGAACUUACUACUGUCAUUGUAUUGUCAUUCUAACGCCCGAGGGGGCAAACGUGCCGCAUACCGCUGCUGUACAUGAAAUACAACUGCACCAGGAUCAAAUAAGGGCAUCCCCAUACAUCUAUCUACCUUAGCAUCAUGAGGUUGACGCCUGACCACGUGGAAGAAACAUUAGCUGUGGUGAAGCUGCCUAACUUUGAGGAGAAGUACGACAUCAGUGCUGUGAAUUACGACAGUAUGAAGAGGUACCACGGGGAAGUACGAAUGGAGCCCACUCUUCAACCUGUUCACCACAAAGAUACUAUCAUUCUGUUUAGCAAUUGCACGAAGAAGCGAUUUGUGAGCCACACAUAUUAUGAACCGAAAGUGAAACCAAGGUUUUUCUCGGAGACAUUGGUGAUAUACCCCAAACGUCCUUGCAAGGUAUUUGCAUCUUGUGUUGACUACCAUAUAGACGAGUGCCGGAAAUGGUACCGAACUAGCAUGGAGUUCACUGCCCGGACAUUCACAACAAAACGAAUUCAGAAACGGAAAUUGGACAGACAAUCAUCACCAAACCCCGUAAACACGAGUUCAUAUGAUAAUGAUGGGCCUGGCGCCUCACAAAUUUUCCUACCGAGAUUUAACAGAGAUAAAAUGGAGGACGAUGAAGAUGUGAUACAGGAUGUGAAUCUUGUGAACGGAGACAUAACAAAUAGUUAUCACGGAUUAAGUAAUGGACAUAUGAAUAAGGAUAUGUUCAACGGUGAUCUUCCGAACGGAGACAUCCUUAUACCAGGUAUAGAGAGUCAUAGAUGGGUAUAGGACUGGUGUCACGGGACAUUUUCUAAUAUCAAGAAUAGAGAGGCAUGGCUUGUUAUAGGUUUAUGAUACUGGGCAUAUUGAUAUACCAGAUAUAGAGAGACAUAGAUAUGUAUAGGACAGGUGUCACGGGUCAUAUAUCAAGAUAUAGAGAGACAUAGAUAUGUAUAGGACAGGUGUCACGGGUCAUAUAUCAAGAUAUAGAGAGACAUAGAUAUGUAUAGGACAGGUGUCACGGGUCAUAUACCAGAUAUAGAGAGACAUAGAUAUGUAUAGGACAGGUGUCACGGGUCAUAUAUCAAGAUAAAGAGAGACAUAUAUGUGUAUAGGACAGGUGUCACAUGUCAUAUAUCAAGAUAUAGAGAGACAUAUAUGUGUAUAGGACAGGUGUCACAUGUCAUGUACCAGAUAUAGAGACAUAGAUGUGUAUAGGACACGUGUCACAUGUCAUGUACCAGAUAUAGAGAGACAUAGAUAUGUAUAGGACAGGUGUCACAUGUCAUGUACCAGAUAUAGAGACAUAUAUGUGUAUAGGACAGGUGUCACAGGUCAUAUACCAGUUAUAGAGACAUAGAUGUGUAUAGGACAGGUGUCACAGGUCAUAUACCAGUUAUAGAGAUACAUAGAUGUGUAUAGGACAGGUAUCAUAUGUCAUGUACCAGAUAUAGAGAUACAUAGCUGUGUAUAGGACAGGUGUCACAGGUCAUAUACCAGUUAUAGAGAUACAUAGCUGUGUAUAGGACAGGUGUCACAGGUCAUAUACCAGUUAUAGAGAUACAUAGAUGUGUAUGGGACAGGUGUCACAUGUCAUGUACCAGAUAUAGAGAUACAUAGAUGUGUAUAGGACUGAUGUCAGAUAUAAAAAGCUAUGACGUACUUGACUAUCAAUUAAAACACGGAAUCGUUAAACGGUUAUAGAAACAAGAUGUCGUAUAUUCUCUGCUUUUAAUGCCAACUCAUCAAUUCAAAGCCGGAAAAACAAUUUAAGCUAAAUUAGUUAGCCAUAUCCAAAAGUGUAACUGUUGAUGUGUGUGACAAGUUCUGAGAUGAACCAUCAGUGUGUUGUAAUGCUGGCCGACUGUAGGGACAAGUGGUACCAUUAACGACAAACGUGAUGGAUGGAGAACGUCUAUUGACACAAGGUCACAAAAUGUGGAUUUCAAAUAUUCCUUCCAUAUAAUAUCUUAUUGCUUACAAAUGGUGCAAUGUAUAUGUUAAAGUUGUCGUUCAUUGUUUACUAUAAAGUAGCUUAGCUUCCGAUGUUGACCUCGGCGAUCUUUCGGCGUAAAGAAAACAUUUUGACACGAACAGAUGUGGUGAAGUCGGACAUUUCUAAUAUGUUUACAAUUCAGAUUCCUUGUUUUGUGGUUAGAAUGCCGAACAUAUCUGAAGAAAUUGACAGGAAAAUCUGAAGUGGCCAACACUUACUCUACUGUGUAUCUGAUUCGUGAUAUAUAACUCUAUAAAGUGGAAAGUGACUGUGUGGUUUUGUAUCUCACGAACAGGAACGUUUCACCCAUUUGUCAUUGGAAAGGAUGAGUGCUGAUUUAGAUAAACAAUUUAAAAAUCCAAUCUUUGAAAAGACACAGGUGCCACAGACAUGAUCAUCAAAGACAUGUGGAUGAUUGUGUUUUAAUGACUUUUUACUGCCUGAAUUAAACGAUCUCGCAUCAAA